CGCCUCUCGUAUGUUGCUAGUUCCUCCUGUUCUGCGUGCAUUGCAUUUGCUGACAUAGUGCCGCUGCGAUCACUACACAACAGAAGUAAGAUUAAUUCGCGCACAUACAACAUAUAUACAUAUAAUACGUACGACGCUUGCGAACUGUUUUUAUAAUUGAUAUCACGACACCGUGGAUUCUGCAUUCUCGGAGUUUGCUCGCGCGUGAGGCGUCCCACCCUCGCGAAGAACCCUCGUUUUUCCUGCGCUCGUGUUCGUCGGCUUCCCGCGCGACAGAGAAGCACACCCGCAGACCUGCUGCCGGCGAGAUAUCUGCCUUAAUAAUUUUAAGAUUUUACAACUAAACAUUUAAUUUGCUGUUUCCAGCAAAAUAUCACUUUAAAAGUUAGAAAGUAAGAAAAUGGUCAUGGAGGCAUCUCCUUCUCCACAAAGUGUAGGUCGUGAAUUUGUCCGACAAUAUUAUACUUUGCUGAAUCAAGCUCCUGCCCAUCUUCAUAGGUUCUACAAUCAGCAUUCUUCCUUUGUGCAUGGAGGAUUGGAUUCCAAUCGAGAGUGUAUUCCGGCGAUCGGUCAAAAACAGAUACACCAGAAAAUUCAACAACUGAACUUUCGUGAUUGUCAUGCAAAAAUAAGUCAAGUUGAUUCUCAGCUUACUCUCGAAAAUGGAGUUGUUGUUCAGGUAUCUGGAGAAUUGUCCAACGCUGGACAACCAAUGCGUCGAUUCACGCAAACUUUCGUGUUGGCGGUACAAGCUCCUAAAACCUACUAUGUGCACAACGAUAUCUUCCGUUACCAAGACAUGAUAUUCCCCGAGGAGGAUGAAGCUGAUGUGAGCGGAGGGGACGGUGGUGAAAGCGGCGAGAGAGAGGUUGAGGAAAUCGGUCGAUCUGAACCUGAAGAAGAUGAACAUCAGACUCAGGCACAACAGCUGACAGCUCCGACUCAAGCUGCCGAGCAGCAAGCUCAACCGCCUCUCAUUCCGGCACAGCAGCCUCCGCUUCAGCAACAACAACCGAUGUACUACGCUGCGGCACCACAGCCACAUGUUCAUCCGGUAAUGCAGCAGGUUCUGAAUGGAACGGUGCACGAGGAGGUGAUCAAUCAACAACCUCCACAGCAGCAGCAGCAACCGCCGCCGCCAUCUCCGGCCCAGCAGCAUCCGUAUAUAACGGAACCAACCGCGCAGUCCCAAUUUGUACAGGAGGCAGAAUUGAGUAACGGUGAGCAACAACAGCAGCAGCAGCAGCAGCAAGUUGAAAAUGAACCGCAGACUCAGACGGAGGAAAGAAAUGAGCAGCCUGAAGCAGAAUCAUUUACUGCGUCCGCGCAAGAGACCGAGCCUGAACAUCAAGUUUCGAAUACCACUGUUAAUAAUAGCGGACCCAAGACUUAUGCUAAUUUAGUAAAGUCUUUCCCAAGUACCACCAGUGCUACUAGCCCGCAAGCUCCUAAAUUGUCCAUGUCUCCGCCACCUAUGACGAAUUUACGCUUGGAUGACAGAUCGCCAUUGCAUCCUGCAAAUAACGUACCGACUUCUAUGUCAGUUUCCAACAACGUAUCCGCAGCUCAACAACAGGUGCAUCGAGUGGGUGGAAAUCAAGCGCCACCACAGCAACAACACCCCCAGCAGCAACGCGGUCUGAGAGCAGGACUGGUACAAAGAGAUGGAGAACGUCGUGGCACAAGACCAGGACAGUACAGCGAUGCUCAUCAACUUUUCUUGGGUAACUUACCACACAAUGCUUCCGAGAAUGAUUUGCGCCAAGUAUUCGAGCGUUAUGGUAGAGUUGCUGAAUUGCGCGUGCACAGUAAAUCAAACGACAGAUGCAAAGGCCCUCAAGGCGGAAACAACACUGCGCGAGUGCCUAAUUAUGGAUUUAUUACGUUCGAAGAUCAACAAGUUGUGACAAAGGUGUUGAACUCUCUGCCUAUUUAUUAUCCCGAUGAGAGUGGACAAAAGUUGAAUGUGGAAGAAAAGAAGGUGAGGCCUAGGAUGAUGGACGGCAGUGGCGGAAGAUUGAACUCCGGCGAUGGCGGUAUGCGUUCCAUGGGCGGUCAACAGCAGCAACAACAGCAACAACAACGUGGACCAGGAGGACCUGGAGGCGUAAUGAGAGGCGGACAACAUCCACGAGGUGGUCGUGGAGGAUUUUCACGGAGCGGCGAUGGCAGCAGGGGCGGCGGUGGCAUGCGGCAACCGGGCAAUCCAAGCAAUCCUGGUUACCAGAACCGUCGCUAAUACCGGCCACAGUACGCAACAAUCGCAACAACCUCCUAAUUUCCUCUCUACUGAGUAAAAGUCACAACAGUACCAUCAUGCAUAUGCCAUCUUCAUUUCGAGAAAUGAAAUCCAAGACUAUUUCGUAUGCCGCACGACCUUAUCACCGGCGCCACCCUCAUACGCUUAAAUGUCGCUUGCAACAAUGUUUGACAAGCAACAACAACAGCCGAUAUAUACUAGAUGACGUAGCCCAAAAAAGGAAGUCGUACGAAACACGAUCUCGAACAUCAGAAGACACGACUUCGUCGAAAUCUUGGACGAGGAUUACGUUUUUCUCGUGUGAGACCUCGAGCUCAGUGGUAUGUGUUGUAAGUUUCAAAGAGCCGAUGAUCAUCGGUUCGAGUUCGUCCUUCGUACAUCGACAAUCGGGCAAUCCCGCAGGACUACGAUGCCAAGCAUACAAACGGAGCGUAAAUGUAUACACACGUGCAGCCGUGCGACAAGUCCAAAGGAAGCUUAAUGGAGAACGUUGUCGGAGUGUGGAAAAUUUAAAUGAAUGAGAAGAGGCGACGGGACGUGAUCUGAAAUCGGGAAAAUGUGUCGGAACUCUCUUUUUGUGAGGUUUUAGAAUAUUAUUCGCGCGUUUCAUUCUACUCACCGAAUUGCAAGACGAGAUGACACCGGAGCAAAGUUUAUUACACGUAUCAUGUAACUACGGGGUGAUCAAAGAUUGCAUCGGAAAAAACGGAGUGUCGCUGUCGCGUAGUCUUGUACACUUUCGAGUCGACUCGACAACCGUCGACGAAACCGUCCCGUUGUCGCAGCUGAAGAAUCUGAAUAGAUAGCAUGGAACGAAUUCCGGUGUAACAACUAUAUAAAAUCCUAAAGUUGUAUCCCGGUUGCACGCGGCAAAACAAAAAAAAGGAAAAAGAAGCUUCUUUUUUCCUACACGUUCUUUUUUCUAUUCUUGUUGCCGAUCAUCGAUCGACCAGUAUCGAUCGUAAAGAGGACGAUACUUCUAGACUGCAACAUCUGGUCUCGCCGUUUUUCCGCAACUCUGGCCUCGUCUUGUUACAGUUCAGAACUGUUUAUUCGCGAGCCUACCUUUUUCCUGGUCUCUUCCCUCCCUUUCUUCUUUUCUCAGUUUUCUUCUAAGAAUCAUUAUUUUUUCCAGUAUCUUUUUACGCUACGAUUCUGAUCCAUUUUAUAGAACCUUUCUAUCAUAGCAUCUACCUCCCUUUCCUUCACAUAUAUACUUAUUAUUAUUAUUAUUAUUAUUAUUAUUAUUAUUAUUAUUA